AUGGCCAGCUACUCUGUCACUCAUCUGGAGACAGGCGAGACUUUCAAUCGUCGCUACACAUUGGUCAACAAGCACUUGAAGCGGGAGAGCGACUGGCAACACACCACUGGUACCGAGAUUGAAGCUUUCCACCGCCAGCUACUAGACUAUGGCGAAACAGCAUUGCACGAUCUGCCGGAGAUAGCCAACGAUCUCGGCUUCAAGCAUGUCUUCCUCAAGGACGAAUCUACACGAUUCGGUCUGCCCUCCUUCAAGAUACUGGGAGCUUCUUGGGCACUUCACAAGACGCUAUGCCGGCAGCUCAAGCUCGAUCCUGGCCAGACGACUCUGGCGGCCCUCAAAGAACGUCUCGGUGCCGUACGGGUCAAACCAAGACUAGUCACUUGUACGGAAGGCAAUUGGGGUCGUGCAGUGUCUCGUAUGGCCAAGUACUACGACGUCCAAGCGACGAUCUAUGUACCUGGAUUCAUGAACGACUAUACUCGGGAUCUGAUACGAGGCGAAGGUGCUGAUCUCCGAGUACUGGAAGAUGGUUCCUACGACGACACCAUCGCCGCCGUGCAGGGAGACGCCAGGGAGUCUGGCGCCUUGAUGCUCAUGGACACGAGUUGGGAUGGCUACGAGGAAGUGCCAAGAUGGGUGACGGAUGGCUACUCCACCAUGCUUCACGAAGUAGAUCGACAGGUAGCGAGCAAGACGGGUGGUCAACUGCCUAAUCUUGCGAUAGCCACAGUAGGAGUAGGCUCGUGGGCUCACUCUGUGGUGAAGCAUUAUAAAGCUGCGUCCUGUGACAACAAGAUCGUCACCGUUGAGCCUGCGGCAGCUCCAAGCUUGAAGGAGUCACUUCAUUGUGGCAAGAUCACUCCUGUGGUAACGGAAGAAACAAUAAUGAAUGGAGCAUGCUGCGGCACGACUUCGAAAAUUGCAUGGCCUAUUUUGAGGGAUGGUGUUGAUGUGGCGCUUGUGGUGACGGAUCGAGAGAGCCACGAGUGUGUGCAAGAUCUCCAAGCACGCUCAGUCAAUGCUGGUCCCUGCGGCGCAGCGACACUUGCAGCUCUGCAAAAGCUUUGCCGUGAGAGUGUACUGGUCGAAGAGGAGCGAAGAGACGUGUGUGUUGUCUUGUUCAGCACUGAAGGGAUGCGGGAGUAUGACACUUCGCAUCUAUAG